AUGAUUGCUGCUGAUGGUCGUGCAGUUUGGAAUGGCCAUCGAAGUACCAAACUAGACCAUUGCAUUACCACCAACAUUUUCUGCGGAAAAGCAUUCUUUUCAAUCCAACACUCCACUGAAAUAAAUGGUGUGAGAGCCCCCAUGAUACUAUCUAUGGUUCCCAUCCUAACCCAUGUCGUGUUCCCUCAGUGUUUGACUGAGACCAUUCUCACAAUCAAGCUAAGACUAAAAGAUGCUGCCAUAUCAUUUCAUUCACUGUGUAUCACUCAAGCAAUUUGUGGUGUUGAUAAUCGCUUCUUGCUAAGAAUUCUUUCAACCAUUUUCUGA